AUGGUUACGCGGACCUCUAUCUGCAGCAGCAGGCAGAGGCAGCAGCAAGCAGACGAUCUUUACCAAGCAACGGCCAUGCGUUCUUCCAGACUGAAGCAGCUGGCACAGCGGCAGCAACAAACGCAGCUGCCGCAACCCACAUCCGCUCCUGCGCGGCGGACUAGCAGGCAGCAAGUGCGGCUGUCUGCUGUCCUGCAGCAGGCUCCACAUCUAUACGACAGACAGAGGUUGUCGGCUGUGGAGCGCUUCAUAGAUAGGAUUGAUGCACUUCCAGCCCGCUACACAGAGGCGCAGGUGGUGUUCCUCAGCAAGAACUCCCUCACCAGCGUUGCCGGCCUGGAGCAGUUCCGUCAACUGCGUGUGCUGGGUCUCGCCGACAACCUACUGGCCGACCCGGAGCAACUGGAAAUGCUGGCAUCGGCCUGCCCCGGCCUGGAAGCACUGUCGCUGGAAGGAAACCCAAUUGCAUACGUGCCAUAUUACAGAUCUCGCGUGCUACUUGCGCUGCCUGGCCUCAAGUCCCUUGACGGCCGGCCCAUCACGGAGGAGGAGCGUGCCGGCGCUCCCGCAGCGGUGGCUGCGGAAGAGGCCACGAUGGCGGUCCUGUUGCGCAACGCUUGUGAAGUGCACAAGAUGGCAAGUGUGGUUCAGAAAGCACAGUUGCACAUGGAGCUGUUGCAUGUAAUGCACAGCAAAGGCGCGGUGAUGCGGCGUGUCGAGGCGCUGGGCGACGCCGCGACCGCAACCGUGGGCCGCAGCCUGUCGCGGCUGGUGGACAUGUGGGAUUACGAGGCGCUCCUGACCGCAGAGGAACGGCGCAAGAUCCGGGGCGCCUUACUGCGCGAGGUCGGCCGCAUGUACCGACAGCUCAGGGCGCAGCAGCCAGUGGCAUCACGGGCGCUGCCAACAUGGGAAGAGGCCUUUGCUCAGGUCAUGACGGCCCAGCAGCAGACCACGGCCAUGCUGCUAGACCUGAUGACGCAGUGUCAGUUAGCUAUUGAUGAGCUUGUGCGGACCAUGGCAGCGCCCCUGGGACACAGAACCAACGACGCGCCUGUGGGGGCAGACGGCGGUGUUGGCAUGGGCGGCAGUGAAGGGCGUGACUCGGCGCGCGCAUUGUUGUUGCGCGAGGCGGAAGCAGACGAAGAACGGCACCGGGCGAUGCGGCGGGAGCGUGAGGAGGUCCUGGCGGAGUUCAGGGACACUGCACUGAAGCAUUUGCGCGGUAGUCCAGUGCGCCCGGCGCUGCGGUCGGUCCUAAAGUCCUCGCUCAAGCGCACAAUGCAACCACCACCCAAGCACGGUUACGAGGGCGAUGCUGAAAGCGGCAGCGACAAUGACGGCAGGCAUUCACCGUCGCACUCCGCCCCGCCCAAAUGGCAGUCCGCGCGCUCCUCGCCUCCGGCGCCCGAGGCCGUGGAGCGGCUUAUGCGCGCGAGGCGAGGUAUUGCGCCAGCCCGUGUCACUGCCUCGAGUUUUGGUUCAGGUCCCAAUGCAAGGCGCCAAGACCAAGCCGCGGCCCAGGCUGCAAAGAACCUCGCGGCGCCGCAGCCCCAGCAGCAGCAACAACAGCCCUCGGGCCGCCCAUCUGGCGUGAUGGCUUCCACAGAUGCCACCAGCACAAGCGCUCGAACUGUAGGGAGGCCCAUGUCGGCUGAGCCUGUCCCCAUGCGCCAUCGAGCCCAGCAGCAGCGUGGUGGCUCUGUAGAGCUGGCGUCUACAGCCAAGGCGCAUGCCACUGCGGGUGGCGGAUCAGGCUCAGCUGCAGGUUUGUCGGCAUCAAGUGGCCACCGGCGGGCUAAGUCAGUGGAUGCAGCUACGCUGACUGGGCGCAGCGUCGUCGGCGACGGUGGGCGCACGUCGUCCGCAUCCAGCAGUCGGGCUCUGCUGCGGCAGCGACGGCGGUCGGCUCCGGGCUCCCCGAAUAAGGCAAGACUUUUCCCUGGCGGGUACCCUGCUCAGUGCAGACGCGGCACACGCGAUGUGAUUCAGAGCACGGCUGCACUGAGGGACGGCAACUGCUUGUUGCACUUCGCCAGCCAUUGCGUGGCAGGGGUUGCGUUAGUACUGGGAUGGAAAAGUCACUCAUGCCCCAAGUUUUGGCAAUGUUACGUGAUGCAGGACAUGGUGUCGCCUUCGUCCCCUUUGGAGAGGCCCGUGUGGAGGCCAGCAGGCGGCAAACCAGAUAGCGGGCGUUCCCCGACCUCGCCAGCAGACUUUAAGGACGCGGCACAUGCCGUAGAGCGUGCUAUGCGAGAGCUGAGAGCGCGCACCCAGGAGGUCGCCGGCACAAGUCCAGAGCGCAUCCGCGAGCUGGCCGCCGCCACCGCUGCCGUGGCCGCUGCUACAGCUGCCGCUGGGAUGGAGGGCGCUGCAUCCGGCUCGCCAACUUCGCGGUCUAUACUGCCUAAUCGUGGUAUCACCACCUCUCCGAUGAUCCUUGGCCGGCGACACCACCACGCCGCGGCUGCUAACGCUGCGCCAAUGCCACCGUAUUUUGCAGCUGUGGGACGACUACCGGACCAGGACGUGAACCAGCCUGCACACCAGGCGCGGAGGUCAUUGCAGGAUGCACUCUUGGGAACAGCCACAUCACGUCCUGCUCCACUGCACCCAGCAAAUAGCAUGGAGGGGUACGGGAUCCACGCGCCACGUUCUCCUAGAUCAAGGCUUAGGGCUUCCUCUCCAGGUCCUCCUGGAUUGCAUGGAAGGGUUGUCGGCACCAGCGCUCCCCCAGUCGCUGCGUCUGCGCGGAUCGACGAUCUGAAGCGUGAGGUGGAGGAGUCUGCGCAUGAGACGGCACGGCUGCGCCAGAUUGCGGCGAUGGCAUCCAUGCCGCUUCCGCAGAAGCUGGGCCUUGGCGAGGAUCCCGCCUCCGCGUCCGCGUGGCCAGCACAGGCGCCACCUUGGCUUGCAGCCCCCACUGCGGACCUAGCCCCUGUGAAUGGCGCGUCACAAGGCGGCGCCGGCGGCAGGUUUCCUCCUGACUUCAUGCCGCCGUUGUCAUCUCACUACCCAGGGCAAUCACCUGGACCAGAGUACUUCUGGCAGGGCCAUAGUACUUCACCGGCGGGUCCAUCAGCGCCAUGGUACCCUCUAGGUGCAUCCUGGAGCGGGACGGCGGGGCACGGGCUUACUCAGUCACCACACGAGGACUUAACGCUCCGGCCGCGGGAGUGGAACACCGCGGCCCAGAACGAGCAGGCAGCCAGUCCGCUGCCGCAGCCGCAGAUGCCGCCUCCCUCACUGCAGCCGCAUCGCGGCUCCUGGUCAGGUCCCGGUCCUGUGGGCAGCAUGCCAACGCCAUAUGCUCUUAGCAGGACGGCGGGGAUAGAAGGCUCCGGUGCGGGCUUCGUAGAUCUAUACCCGGCAGCGCUGAGGCCUGUUGACCAGGGUCAGGCGCCGCCGCCGCAUCAGCGGCAGCCGCAGACGAUGAGUGCACUAUGGGGUGGGCCGCCACCUGGCGGCACCGGCCCUGGCGGGGGCGGCAACGUAGUAUUGCCGCAUGACCACAGCCAGAAGUGGGGUCCAGGUGGCGCCGGCGCAACCUACGAAGCCUCUUCGGCCAUGCCCGGGGCACAGCACCAGCAGCGGUACCCCCUGCCACAGACGCAAUCUCGUGAUGACGGGCGCUGGGGAAGCGAUGGCUCGCUGCCGCAGGUUGGUCUGCCCACGACCUCGCCAGCCAGCGCCUGGCCAGCCGCCGGGGGUGGUGGGGCCGCGAUGGGGCCGCUGCAGCAAGCGCAGCAGCUGCCGCAGGAUUCAGGGCACGGUUUUCAAGGGAGACAGUCCGUAGGACACCAGGCCGGCGCGAGCGGGACUCUAGAACAGCCUCAUGUGCCGCGGCAGCAGCCUACCGCACAACAUCGCGGCCCCAUGCAACUUCGGCUGCAGCCACCGUCGUUCCCGGCCGGGCCCGGCACUGCACCGCUGCUACAUGGCGCUGCACUACAGGGGUAUCAGUCGCCGCCACGGCCACCACCGCCGGCGCCGUUUCAACCGCAGUUGCAGCAACCUCACCGCGGCCUUUCCUCCAGCUCCCGGUAUCUCGAUGAUGCCCUACCGCCACAGGACUCCCGUGUGCCGACCUGGCCGCAUGAUGCCGCAUACGGCACUGCAGACCAGCUGGCAAACCGCAGUGGGCUAUUCCCGUCGCCGCAGCUUUCAGAAGCGUACGCUGCGGCAUCGGCGCCGCCGGCACCUGACGGUUUGGGGCUUCAAACAUUUGGUCGUUCUGAACAGGUGACCCUGGGCGACUUUAACUUGAUGCGGGCCAGUGUAGACGCGGUCGCGCCUGGCAGCAUGCAGCCCUCUGCAACAGGCACACCGAGCUACAGCCAGCAGGCAGACAACGUGACGCGUGGAUUUCCGUUCCAGCCGUUUGCUUCGUCGGCUGAUGGAGUGCACUCGGAGCAGCCAUCGGGGGUCGUCGAUACGCCAUGGCUGCAGGGGCCGCCUCUCCUGCAGCCGCUGCAGUCAGGCACGAUUGGCACUGUCGCGACGGCCGCACCGUCCGUCACAACCGUAGUGAGUGUUGUGGACGAAGGGCCCAGCGGCGGCGGCGGCGGCGGGGGCGGCUCCACUCGAGUGGAUGUACAGGAAGUCCUUGGCGAGGAUAGCACCGGCUCCAAGGACCAACAUAUUCACCUGCAUAUCCAUCCACCACCCGUCCAGCUUUUCCUUCAAUCGGCGCCGGAACUUCGGCGCAGCGCCACGCAUCCCGUCAUCACCUCCAUUCCAGCGCCACCGCCAACAGACGGCAUCGCUCCCGCGUCCAGCAUCAGUCUUCUAGUGCAACCUGGCUCACCACUGCACGAGGCUCUCUCAGUAGGUAACCUGGUGUACGAGCGGAUCGAGAGGAUCAAACCCGCAGGGCGCCCCGGCUCGCCUGAUACCUUGCGGGAAACACGCUCCGCAGUGACUGGGCCGAUGGGUGUGACCUUCGCCUCGCUUGACGACGAGCGCGACGGAAGGCCCUCACGCAAGGGCGGCUAUGGACGCAGCGCCAAGGCUGGACCCAGCGCAGGCAGCCGCUCCAACCAAGGCAAGCGGACACGCAAUGCCAUGCCUACGCAUAGCCAGGAUGCUGUAAGCGACGGCGAAGACGAUGGCCUGAACGACACGGAGCUGACAAGGGACGACGGCGAUGAUGAGCACCUACGUGAUGAUCGGUAUCAUGACAGUGACAGUGCUAGCGACGACCGGCCAGGCGCGGAUAAUAAUCGUGGGGCCAGAGCCACCGGUCGCGGUCCGAGACCAUCAGGACGUCAAGGGCCAGGAGACAAUAAGCAUCGAGGCAACCAGGAGAACCGUAGUCCAGACGCAAUGGGCCGGGGCGGCUCACUGUCCGCUAAGGUGCUGCAGCGGCAGUACGCCUCCCUGGAGCGCCAGCUUGCCGAACAAACUGCCAUAAACGCCGCCCUCACCGGCCAGCUGCAGCAGCUGCAAAGCCUCGUGCCGCCAGCGGUGCUGCCACAGCACGCUCUACAGCAGGAGGCUCCACGGCAGGCUGAAAACGCAAAUCCACAGCAUGACGACGGGUACGGCCUGCAGACGGAUUCCUGGACAUCUAGCAGUCCACGUGUCGCCGUGCCGGGCGCCGUCGGCCGGUCCAGCGACACCGACGGCAGCGGCAUCGGUAGCGCCAGCGGCGGCGUCACCAAUUCACCCACUCGGCUGCGUCCUUUAAUCAGCUCUGUCGGUCUGAGCCCACUCGGCACACCACAUCAGGGCCCGACGUCACCCGGCCGUGGCAGCCGCGUUUCUCCGCGUUUACCAGUAUGCAUCAGCCCCGUCGCCGCCGCAGGAUCAGGGUCCAGCCCCCGCGAGGAUGACUCCAUGCACUCGACAUUGUUGCUGCUGCCGGAGGGCGCCACCCAGGGCUCCUCUCGACCCACGGCUAGGGACCCAGACCGGCUGUCCCCUCGACCGCCUGGCCAAUCGCCACGUGCUGCGGGUCGCCUGCAACCAAUAGAGGAACAGUUGCUCCGGAACCGCGCCAUACAGGAGCAGAUCACCCGACUGGGCGAGCAGCUGGCAGGCACGGCUGCCUCGGCUGCCAGCCUGGAGUUACCGCCAGAGCUGGCGGCCACUUUGGCGGGCCUGGCAACCUCGAGCUCGCCUCUGCCCUCUGGCUCGCUGCGCGCCCUGGAGCAACAGCUUGUGGCCAUGACUCUGGAGAAGGAGGCCGUGGAGCGGCUGCUGGUGCAGGAGCAGGCGGAAGUUCGGAUGUUGCAGCAGGAGCUGGGAGUUAUGGCGCAGGUGACGGCGGCGCUGGAGGAUACACAGGCCCAGCUGCAGGAGGCUCGCUUGGCUGUGGCACAUCAGCAGCAGGAACUGCAGGAGCGGGACCAGCAACUGGCGGCCAGCCGCCAAAGAGAGGUCCAGCUAAUGGAGGAGCUGGCCGCCGAGCAAAAAAGGGUUGCAAGUCAAGUGGUCGCCAUUGCGAGUUACUUCGAGCAGCAGUUUGAGGAAACCCGUGCGGCAAUUGUCGCCGAGCUUCAAGACCAGGUAAUGGCCAUGCCUGCUGGUCGCGGUGGCUUCCAGCUAUCGUCCGUAUCGCAGCCCCGCUACAGCCUCCAGGCCUACACCGAUUCUCAGCCGGAAUAUAUACGUACGGAUAUCAAGUCACCGAUGCCUGACCUCUGUAGUGAACUGCCAUCGCAGCUGUCGCAAGGUGACACCCUCAGUGUGAGCCAAACCGCGCAAGCACUUGACGAGCAGCUUUCCUCUCGAACCGCUUCGGGUGGCCGCACUGACCUAGGAUCCCAGCUCGCGGGCUCGCUCUCGGCUCAUUUGCUGGGCACACGGCGCAGUGUCCAGCACAGCGACGAUGCGGCAGCACCGACGGACAACCUAGCGCCUGAUGCAGCCUUUGCGACCCUGCCGGAGGCGCUACGCUUGGAACUUGAAGCGCAGGUCGCGAGCGCACGUGCCAGUCUUGCAUCCCAAGUUGCCGAGGCUCUCCGGGAGGACAUCCUGCAUCAGUUGGAGACCCGGCACUCUGCCCCGGUGCACACGUCGUCCUCUGGGCACUCACGGCUCCAAGACGCGUUCGAGGCAGAGCACGCGGCGCAGCUGGCCGUCAUGCGCGCUGACCACACCAUGCAGAUGGAGAUUAUGCGUGCACGCCAUGCAGCGCAGGUGGAGGAGCUGCUGGCGGAGAGGGUGGUGCAGCCGGGUGCCAUCCGGGAAGAGUACGCGGCCCAGCUGGAACACGUGCGCGCAGAGCAUGCCAAGCAAUUAGAGGAGCUGCAUGCGCGCCACGCUGCGCAGGUAGAGGAGCUGUUGGCGGAACGUGCAAGGGAGCCCGAGGCCCUGCGCGCAGAGCAUGCGGCCAAGGUGAUAGCAAUGCGUGCAGAACACAGCAGGCAGAUGGAGGCCCUUCGUGCUGAACACAUGGACCAGCUGGAAGAGCUGAUGGUAGAACGGUCAAGGCAGCCCGCGGCACUGCGGGCGGAGCACGCAGCCAAGCUGGCGGCUCUGCGCGCUGAGCAUACCGGCCAGAUGGAGGCGCUGCGGUCAGAGCAUGCCGCGCGGAUGGAGGUACUGCUGGCGGAACGUGCGACACAGCCCGAGGCGAUGAGGGCAGAGCACGCCUCACAGCUGGCAGCACUGCGUGCGGAGCAUGCGAAGCAGAUGGAGAUCCUGCGCUCGGAGCAUGCCAAGGAGGUAGGAGUUCUGCUGGCAGAACGUGCCGCGCUGCCAGAGGCGCUGCGUGCGGAGCACGCGGCUCAGCUAGAAGGUAUCCGGAGCGAGCAUGCUGCGAGGCUGGGGGCUCUGCGGGCUGACCACGCGACGCAGAUGGAGACUAUGCGUGCCAGCCACGCCGCGCAGCUUGGGGCAUUGCUUGCGGAACGCGUGAUACAGCCAGAUGCUUUCAAGGCAGAGCACGCCGUCGAGCUAGCAGCUCUACGCGCGGACCACGCGAAACAGAUGGAAGCCAUGCGCGCCGAGCAUGGAAAGCAGAUGGAGGAGCUGGCAGAGGAGCGCGCCAUGCAGCAGCGCGAUACGCUGCGCACGGAGCACGCCGCGCAGCUGGCAUCCCUGCACGCAGAGCACACAAAGCAGAUGGAGGCAAUGCGGGCGGAGCUGACCUCGCAGAUCGAGACCCUGCUCGCCGAACGGAAAACUGUCUCACAGGUGCUACGUGACGAGCACGCAAUGCAGCUGGAGGCCAUCCGGGCCGGCCACGCCUCGCAGCUGACGGCCCAGAACGCGGAGCAUGCGAAGCAGCUGGAGAUGCUGCGUGCAGAGCAUGCUAAGCAGAUGCAGCGGCUGCUUCUUGAGCAUGCAGCCCAGCCGGAGGUCAUACGUGCGGGCUACUCCACACAGGCCGCGGCUCUGCGCGCCGAGCAUGCAAUGCAGAUGGAAGCCCUGCGUGCCGAGCACGCGGCCGUGCUAGCGGACAAGGAGCGGCUGCGCGCCGUUGCGGCAGCAGCUCACGAGCAGCAACUACAGGAGUUGCGCACCGGGCACCAAAAGCGCGUGGAGGAUCUGGCGGCGCAGACUCGGGAGCGCCUGCAGCGGCAGGAGGCAGAGCAGCGCGCAGCAAUGGCGGCGGUGAUGGAGGACCAUCAGGCGCAGCUUGCGCGGCACACACGCCGGCUCGACGAACUCCUGGCGCGCCACAAGCAGCAGCUGGACGAACUGGCGGAUGCCAACCGCCGCCAGCUGGAGGAGGUCCGGCGGCAGGGUGAGAAGCUGCUGGCAGAGGGGCGGAGCGCGGCGGAGCGCGGUGGAGCGGAGGCAGCGGCAGCGCACGAGAAGGCGGUGGCGGAACUGGCAGGCAGGCUCCGCUCGGCGGAGGCGGCAAGGGCUUCGGCAGAGGCGGCACGGCGAGAGGGCGAGGCAGCCCGUGCGGCAUUGCAGACGCAGCUGGACGAGGUGCUGACGCAGCUGGGCAAGGAGCGCACUGUGGGCAGUGAGCUGCGCGGCCGAAAUCAGGCGCUGGAGGUGGCCGAGAUUGAAAUUAGGCGGCGGAUGCAAGGGCUCCUGGCGCCACAGGAGCUCGGCUGGCGACGCGAAAUGGAAGCGGAGAAGCUCGGCAGCCGCUUCCUUCUGCGCCGCGUGCUGGGCCAUUGGGCUACCAACGCGCGCCUCUCCCGACGCCAUAGCCAUCAGGUUGCCGUCAUUGUGGAGCUUCGUCGUCGCAGGGUGUGCCGACAAGCGCUGCACCACUGGCGCACGACCGUGCUGCGUACCAAGGUGCUCCGUGCUCUCCUCAGAGCGAACGAGGUAUCGUUGAUGCGGCGGGCGCUGGUAUCGCUUAAGGCACAGACACUUCACCACAGGCGAAAGGCCCGCGCCAUCUCGAUUGCCGUUUCGCACUGGUCCGUGCGGCAGCUGUCCCGUUGCCUUGAGGCAUGGCGCCAGCUGCACCGCAUGCACGCCCGUGCGGCCGCGUACUCCGACCCGGCCGCGGUGCGGGCGGCGAUCACGCACCAUAGCAGUUUGGCCCUGCGGGCGGUCCUGGGGGCGUGGCACCAGCAUGUGUACCAGACCCAAAUGCCCAAGACACAGCGGCGGCGCCGCGCUGCACAUGUGUACAGGCGGCGGCUGCUCCGGAAGGCAAUGGCUUGCUUUGCGCAGCAGGCCGAGCGACGCGCCUUGAAGUGUAGCCAGCUGGCUCGCAGCACCCGAAGGCAUCGUUUCUCGGUCCUAAACCGCGCCUUUUCCUGCUGGAUGCGCUACUUGGAUAGCACCCGGAGAAAGCGGUCGCUCUUGAGCAUGGCUGACCUGCAGUAUGGCCACGCUGUGGUGCAGCGUUGGCGCCGCGCGGCAGCCCGCAGAAGGGCGCUGCGGCUGGGCUUGGCGGCUCUGCAGGCCAGCGGCGGCAUCCGUCGCCUGCGCACGUUUUGGGGACGGUGGCGUGCAUUCAUCCUUCGCCGGCGUCAGGCGGUGCUAGCCUUGAGGCUGGCUUCCGAGCACCACAGGGGCGCGCUAAUGUGGCGAUGCGUAUCCGCCUGGCUGCAUCUAGCAAAGCAGUCAGCAGCACGGCAGCUGCACAUCAAGGGCAUGCGGGAGUACCAGCGCAUGAUGCAGGCUGCGCUGCGUUGGCAGCGCUUGGUGGCGACGGGUCGGCGGCAGCAGGCGGUUGUUGACCGGGCAGUCCGGAUGUACCGGCACCGGGUGUUGGCGGCCACGCAGCGCGCGGUGCUGCGCCACUGGCGGGCGGCCGUUGAUGACCGGCGGGGCCUGCUGCGUUCCGCCGCCGUGAGCUUCGUGCACGCCUACCUAUCCAUCUGGCGGAGGAAGGUGCUGAUAGCGUGGCACCUGGUGGCGAGCCGUGCUGCCGGCGAGCGGGGGAUUGAGGAGGCCCUUGAGCUGCGGAGGGCUUUGGAACGCAACGAGGGGGCCAUGCGGCAGGUGUCCGCCAGGUUGGAGGCGGUGGGCGCGGAAAGUGCUGAGCUACUGGAGCAGCUCAAAGAGGCUCAGUCGGAGGUGUUGGUGCUUCGGCAGCAGCUAAGUGAAUCAGAGAAACGGCUGGGGGAGGCGAUGGAGGCGCUGGCCACCGCGGAACGAGAGCUGGAGGCCCAAGGCGCCGGCCUGGCUACUCGUGCAGACAAGAUUGCGAGCCUGGAAGCGGAGCGCGACAUGCUGCUGGAUAGAGUAAACACGUUGCGACAACAGGUGUCCUCCGGAGAGGUGUCGGUUGCGUCGCUGCAGGAGCAGGCCUCCUCGCUGCAGCGCACCCUGGCAGCAGCACAGGGCACCGUAAAGGAGCUGAACCUCAAGAUGCAGCAACAGGCCGCCCACUACGAGGAGCAGCUGCUGGCUGCUAGGGAUGAGGCGUCGCUAGCUAGGCGUGAGGCAGGCAGCCUGGCGGCGACGGCGUCGAGGCUGGAGCAGCAAGCCACGGAUAGCGAGGCGCAGCUGCGGGCAAUGCGGACGGGUCAUGAGGCGCUAGUGGCAUCCCUGCGUCAGGAGCUGCGCGCCCGGGAUGUCCACAUCAUGGCUCUCAACCAGCAGCAACAACAGCACCGCGACGCCGCCGCGCUGUCCAGACCCGCAACCUCCGUUGCCCGGCCGCCCAAUGCCGUCUUCUCGCCGCGGCCUUUGGGCGCUGACCCUCGCUCGCGCUCCGGAGGGGGCGGCUUCGCAUCAGCACGUGGCGCCGAAAGAGAACACCAUCCCAGGCGCUCAUCAGCGGGUGGCCAUGACGUCGGGUACUUGGGCCAUAUGGGCGUGGGCCAUAUGGGCGUGGGCGGCGUGGAUGCUGCAGCAGUCGUGGCCGAGGAAUCGUCGUUGCUGGAUGGGUGGGAGAUGGCUCGUGACGGCGGUGGGCGGCAGCGGCCGCUCUUCGAGCCGUCCAUGCUUUGCCCGUCGACCACGGCGGCUGGUGGCACCUCGGCGCGCCACGAGUCUCGGCCCUGGUCGAGUGCAGGGGAGCGCACCAGCAGAAGAGCAGCAUCGGCGGCUGGUGCGCUGCUACGCAAUACGUCCCUGCUGCAUGCACGGCCCCCGGCCGCGCCACCGGUAGCGUUACCGCAGCAUCCCACCAGCGCUGCAAUGGCUGCAGAGGGCGUGUGGUCAGACAGUCCCCGCUUUGCCAUCGCGUCCGAAGCCCUCGCAGGAGCAGCUGCUGCUGAGUGCUCAGCUGCUGCUGUCGCAGCUGAAGCUGCGGCAAUAGAGCCAUCGGCGCCUGUGCUGGCAGCGCAGCAUUCCGUCCAGCUACCUGCGGAAUCUUCUGCACUAGAGUGGCCGCAGCCGCAGGGCUCACAUCCCGCCGGGGCCAUCCGAGCCGAGUACCACGACGACGGCAAUGGCGAUGAACUGCCACCGCCAGGCCAGCACCGCGGCGCGUCCGGGGCGUUUCGACGGCUGCAGGCCGCCGAGGCCGCGCUCCUAGCCACGGAGGAGGAGUUCCAGCGUCGACGUUCGCAGAUCCUCAAUUUGGGCCCGGCGACCCUGGCUGCGGAUGCCGCUACCGCUUCCAGCGGUGUUGGCGGGUGCUUGCAGUCGCAGCGUUCCCUGUCUCCCCGGCUGCCGUCCGGCUCCCAGGACAGGGUCACCGCGGACGGCCAUGGGAGUGGGCGUGUGCUGGGCCCCUCACAGCUGCGAGCCCCGCAUCGAUCCGUGCCGGGGACGAGUGAGGCAAAUGGCCGAGGUCGGGAGGAGUGGCCUGGAGAGGCUGAGGACGCCGCGGCGGGGCAUCCUGGCGCAGGGAGGUCGCUGCGCCACUCCACCAGCGAUCUUCCUGACCGACCAGGGGGCAGCCUGCAAGGCAUCGGGGAGCGACUCGCUACCUUGCCACUGCGUCAGGGUGCGGCUUGGGAGCGCGAGCUACAGCCGCAGCACGCGCCCGUGCCCCCGAUGCGGCGGCACACGUCGACCGAUCCGGGCGUCGUCAAUGCAGGCAGCGGUAGCACCCCCGCCGGCGCUGCCGCCGGAGACAACGAUGGCGGUGUGCUGCAAGCGCAGCUUCAGCAGCAAGUGGAUCUGAACAACCUGACCGCCGGUAUCGUGGGCACCCUGUCUAACCUGCGGGAGGCCCUCAGGUCGCAGAGCAGGGCCCCCACGCCGCCGCCGCUGCCCUUGCCGCCGCCGCAGCGGGCGGCACAACAGUUGGCGCCAUCACUUGGGACCGCGACUGCGCAAGCCGGCUCUGGUGGCGGGUGUGCCGCUGCAGCUGCGGCUGGGCUGAGCACCGCGGGCGCAGUAGCUGCGUCAGCGGCCCCACGCACCGCUGCCGCGCACCAGGCUACCAUCACCGCACCGUCGCUGCACUCCAGCGCAGCGGGAUCCGUUGCCGCCUCGGAAGCGGGCAUGCGGAGUUGUGCUGCCAGUGGCAAUGGUAGCGUGGCCGGUGACGACGAAAUCGAGAUGACGCUGCGGGACUUGCUGCGGGCUGCCGUGCCGCUGCCGCCACCGCUGCAGGCCACGACUGCACGGCAACUUCAGCAGCAGGCUUCCCAACAGCACGAGGUGGCUCCUUCCAUGGCUCCACAGCAGCACCAGCAGCAGCAGCAGGUGUUGCCCACCGAGGGCGCCAGCGGUGAUACCGCUCGGGUUACCGACGCCGCUGAGCUCCUGUCCCGCAGCUUGGCGUCGCUGCUGAGUGCUGCUGCUGACGCCGCCGCUGCGAGUGGAAGCAAUAGCGGCGGCUGCGCUGCGCCGUCCCUGGAUUCACGGACUUCCGGCGCUUCCAGCCUCCUGACAUGGCUGCCGGCCUCGGCGCCUGGGGAAGGGGAUCUGGACCUCGGUCCUUACGCGCAGCCUGCUGCCCUGCGAAGCAAUGCUGCCGCCGUCGUUGUCCCAACACGUGGUAGAGGCGGGGGCAGCUUCGCGGAGCCGCCGGCUGCAGCUUUGGCAAGCGGCAUGCUCCCCGUUCUUCAGCGCGUGGUGGCGGCACCGGAGCGAGGUCAUGAACUAUACACUCGCAUCGGCUCACAUGUGGCGUCCGUGUUGGAAGAGCUGACGGGGCCGGCAUCUGGCGGCAAGAGCAGCAGCAGCGCUCCAGCGGGUGUGCCCUUGGUGCUGACAUCGCUGCGGAAGGUGGUGGGCAUGGUGCCGGAGGAGGACGGAUGCUCUACCUUCCACGCGGAUGCAUACUGA